UGGACAUGUCUCUCUAGAUUAGAUUGGACAAUACUUCUUUUUGUGUUCCAUGUACGUAAAACGGAGUAGUCCAAUAUCUUAGCUAAUCUUGGUUUAUAGACCAUUUGAAUUUGCUUUAGUUUUUUCCAGAAUUGGAUAGCAGAUAUGGCUGCCUACUUGAAACAUAUUGAUCCUAAUCAUCUGCUAGAAGUUGGGCUCGAAGGCUUUUAUGGUCCAUCAAAUGCCAAAAAAAAUCAGGGAGUGUCUUUUUAUGAAGUGGGGACUGACUUCAUUACCAAUAAUCAAAACUCUCUCAUCGAUUUCGCCACUAUCCAUGCUUAUCCAAGCACAUGGUUGGAGAAUGGAUCAAGUGAUGAAGAACAAGUGGAAUUUCUGAGAAAAUGGAUUGAAGUCCACAUUGAUGACGCACAGAACACUCUGAAGAAACCUAUGCUCUUAGCCGAGUUUGGGAAGAGUGACAAAGAUUCCGGGUUCACCGUCGCAAAGAGGGACAUUCUGAUGAGAACCGCUUACGCAGCCGUAUACUCAUCCGCCCAGGCCGGCGGUGCGGCGGCCGGCAGCUUGUUCUGGCAAAUUAUGACAGAAGGUGCGGAGGAUUUCGAGGAUGGGUAUGAGAUCUUCCUCAGCCGGACCUCCUCCACGACUGAUAUCAUAUUUGAAGAGUCACAGAGGCUCGCCAAGAUUCGUAGAAUGUAUGCGAGGCUUAAAAACGUGGGGGAGUGGAAAAAGAAGAAUAAGGGGGCGGCCCAAAUCCAUGGAAAUGGCAACGGCAAUUGAUCUAAGAAGAAGGAGAAGAAAUUCGCGAACAACAAAUUCUACCACUAUAAUUUUUUUUGUCACUACCACUAUAAUUAAGUAAAGAAACAUAAUGUCAGACUGUUUUCUUUUUGUUUGUUUGUUUUUUAUUAUUCCUUGACUCCCUAUUUAAAGAUUUUAUACAUUAUUAAUGAUCAAUCCAAAUCAUUUUAGUAUCUAA